AGAUAGAAAUGGAUUGAUCAGCAAAUUGGUAUACCGUAACAGAUAUGGCACCAAUCAUUUAAUAGUCGCUAAUUUCUAAAACUAUAACAAGUUACAUGCUGAAAAACUUGAUUUUGGAUUCGAUUAUGAGACUAAAAAAAGACUAAGGGUACGUAAUGACUGGAUUUCUUUAUGAUAGAUAUCAUGUAGACAUAAUAAGGGUAAGAAAAGAUUCAGGAUAAAAACGUAACAAUCACUGAAGCAGCUGUGGUACCUUCCCUGAGCUGUGGCUGUAAUUUCUGUGAGUGACUAAACUGCCGGCUGGAGCUGUGUUGCACCCCGGCCACGCCACGUCCACCGGCCGGGCUACGGACCCGUGAUCUAAGCGCCAUGAGUUCGAGUGCCUAGCCGCUGGCACGGCAUAUAGUUUUUCAUGGAGGAUCACUCAAGAUGGAACUAAAUUCUACAAUGCAAGUUCUUAUCAUUCAAACUGGAGGAACGAUUGACAAGGCUUAUCCAAAGAGGAAAGGUGUUUAUGCCUUUGAGAUUGGGGAGAGUGCAGCUAGGGGCAUCUUAGAACAGCACAAGGUGCCUCUCAGAUUUAGAUAUGAGACUGUGUGUCAGAAAGAUAGCCAGGAUAUCUCUGAUGAGGACAGGUUGAAUCUUCUUACAGUAUGCAAUGACUGCAGUGAGAAGCUCAUUCUAAUCACCCAUGGAACAGACACCCUCCUGUCAACGGCAUCAUUCCUUGGCCAUCAGAACCUACCAAAGAGAAUCGUCCUAACAGGUGCAUUACUUCCGGAAAAAUUCAAAGACUCUGAUGCUGCUUUUAACAUCGGCAUGGCCCUUGGAGCCCUCCAGUGCCUGCCAUCCAAUGGGAUCUAUGUCACUUUGAAUGGCUUGGUGAUGCCAUGGAGACAAGCGAUGAGGGACCCAGACACUGGACAGUAUGUGCCAAAGUAGCAUAUUUUGCUCAUAUGACCAGUGCAGCUUAGAUGAACACUCUUCCUUUUAGGUAUUACUCUCUGAGAUGUGGUAAACUACUGCACUUUCCAUGAUUGCUGUCAAUAUUCCAGGAGUGUGUUUUAUUUCGCAAACAGAUAAUAGUGAAAAAGGUGAACAAGGUGGUUUAUUCGUGCUGUGUGUGAAGUACAGAAGUCAGAUUCAGUAUGUGCAAUAUGAUUUAAAAGAAUGUUUACUGUAUAUGUAAAUGCAUCAGCUGAAUCUUUGGCGCAAACACGAUGCAUUGUUCAUCUUUGGUGAUGCAAGUUUGUAUUGGAACAUCACAAGCAUAGAAAUUCAUCUGUGACUGCAAACAUUCCUUGUAAAGUAGAUUAAUCCAAUGUUUAAUUCUGAUAGUUGUUACAUGGACCCUACAUGUAUGAAAGAUGGACGCUGAUGGAUAUUGAAUUCAUUCACCUGAUGUCAUUUCACACAUGUUGCAACCCUUUGAUCUAAUCAUGACCAAGUCUGCAAUAAAUGAGCCAGAACUGUGUCUUGUGAAAUCUACAAAAUGCAUGUGCAGUCAGUUCAGAAGAAUUAAAAUCUUUGAUGUGCAUAUGUCUGUUUGCUCAGGUCUAUGUCUAGAAAUGGUCAUGAGAAUUUCAGUAUGAAAUUGCUAGUACAUAUAGUUUAUACAAUAAAGACAUGAUUAUUUGGCUGUAAGUUGUAACACAAUGAUUUUGAAAUUAAUUAAAAAAAUUAUCCCAUCCCUGCUUUAAAAUAUGAUAGGUCAGGAGAAAAUGGGUGUUUUUCAAAUUAAAGCAAGGUCAGAUUCAUUUCCACCGGUAUCCACUUCUGUAAUAAUCAAUUUUCAUGAUUUCAGGUUUGCUAUUCCUCUCAGUGGUUAGACCAAAAGCUUCAGUCUCUGUUCCGCUGUACUGUGUUGGUUCCACUCACCAAUACAUAGUAAAAUGUCAGAAAUUAUUAAAUAAAUCCCCUGAAACGAUGGUUAUUCCUGUCUACUCAGUGGUGUGAAAUGACCAUACAUACUGUGAAAGAUGGAGAUGAAAUAUUUUUUUGUCUGAUAAUUCCUGAUUACUUAUUAACAUUUUCACAGCAAAUGAAUGUCAUCAUCAAUAUGCACAUUGUCAGGUGACGGUGGAAAUGUUAUGACCAAAGUAGGACUUGUUCUCGUUUUCCAUUGGUUGUAGGGUCCAUGGUUGUUACCUGAAUCUGACAAUCCAGUAAAACAAUCAAUUAUCUAACUUGUUGUGUUUGUAUUUAAGAAAAAGACAAGUGAUAUAUUUUUAAAGUUAGUAAAGUAAUUACUAAAAAAAAUCAGAUUAAGUAAAGAUGCUUUAAUUUCAUAGAACUAUAAGUUUUGUACUUAUUGUAUAGAGAGUCUUCAGUCUUAUUUUAAGAGCGAUUCUAAUUAUUGAGCCUCUAAAAAGUAAUCAUACAGUGCAUAAUUUAAUGUAAUUACAAGUACUUUUUUCAGAUCUGUGGUAUUCACUAGAAAUGUAUCAUGUGAUGAUAUGUAAACUUAGAUUUUGAUUUGGAGAUGCGGGUGUUUUGAACUCUGUUCUGUGCUAAUGCUCUUUCUUUGUAUUUCAUUUUAUAUGAUGUUAGAUAAUCUUAUUUAUUUUGGAGCUACCUGUAUUUCUUGAUCGUUUUUCAUUCAGAAUUACAAGUAGAAAGUAGAUAGACAAGUGAGGAAGUCGGGACUUCAGAUUAUUGCAAAGAAUCAUACUGGUUUAUCAGUUUCUAAAAUAUUAAAGUAUAUGGCAAGGAAUUAUGCUUCUAUAUAUAUAUCACUUUCUGAAAAUGAAAGUAAUAUUUAUAAUAACUAUUUUGCUUUAGUAUUAAGUAUCCACACAUGGAUGUGUUUUAAGAAAUAGAAAAACAUGGCCUCAGUCAUUGAGUACUGUUCCUGACUUUUAACUGCUUCAUCAUAGUAGUAUUAGUUCUCGAUAAUAGAGCAGGAAAUCACCAGCUUCAAAGACUUGUGUCGUAAAAGUACCAUGACCUAAAACGAUAUAUAGGCUUACCUAUAGUGUGCAUAAGUUUUAUUUUUUUGUAAACUUUACAAAUAUGUUCUGUAAUGGGCGAGCUUUGACAUCUUCUUGGCUCUGAUUUUUCCAAAGAAGAUAGAGAAAAGAGAAGGUUUAAACCUCCAUAAAGAGGGGUGAAGAAUGAUAUAGUAUGUGCACAAAUUGUAUGAUUGGAUCAGGAGAUUAAACCUUUUUUGUUACUUCUGGUUUAUAAAUUUAUAUUGUUUUUGUUUGGAGCAAGAGGUUAAGAUUUCAAAUUGGAACCUUAGUUAUUGCUCUGAUGUUUAUUGUUUAGACAACAUUUGCUGAGUUAAAAUAUUGUGAUGUUAGUCACUAUUAAUUAAUUUAACACUGAAUUAAAAGCAUUCCAAUCCUUUUUAAGAACUGUUAUGCAUUUCUAUUAUAAGCAUGAAAAAAAUAUAAUAACAGUAAUGUUUGCCUUAUAUAAGAAGAUUUAUGCAUUGAGAGGAGUGUACCUUUAAUGCAUUCAUGCUCCAAUCAGUAAUACUUACAUUCAGGGUUCCCAGCCCAUCAGGGAAAAUUAUUUUACUUUUUUCCAGUUAGGGAAAAAAUCAGGGAAUUCGAUAAACAAUACCUCAAAUCAGGGGAAAAUGCCUCAAAUAAGGGAAUUUUGAUCAGCCCAAAAGUCAAAAGCGAGGUAGUCAGUCAGAAUCUGUUAUAGUUUGUUCCAUAUCAAAACAACAUACACUGAAUGACUGGUUAUGGUGGUACUAAUUAGUUUUACAUUGUUUUUAUACUGAAAAUACUACUGUAAUUCACUGUAACAACUUAGAAAACAUGCGAAACUGGGAAUGGGUUUAAUUAAUUAUCAGGGAAAUUUUAAACUUCAUCAGGGAAAAAUCAGAGAAUUUUGUUUUCUUUAAAAGCUGGGAACCCUGUUCCUUUUUACUUGCAUGGAAAUAACAGGUUAUUACUUAUCUCAGGAUUAUGUACUAGUCAGUUGCACAAAUAUAAAAUUAUAACUGAUUAGAAAAAUAUAAUAUGGGAAAGGAUCUGGCGCUGGACUGUUAAGUAUAAUGCUCCAAGUUAGGAGAGAGCGCAGAUGAGUUUAGUCGAAAUGUAGGUUGCUUUCUUUGAUCUUGGCCUUAAACACCUCUGGUGAUGUACAAUUGUCACCUUUGUUCAGGAGUUGAUUCCAGGCCAAUGUCAUUCACAAAACAUGAGUUUCUUGAUAGCCCUGUACUGUGUUACAAUGUCUUAGAGUUGUUUUAUUUGUUACUUGUCUUUCAACAACAGUAAUAUCAAAUUUGACAAAUUUCUUAUGAAAGUUCUUCCAUAUAAUAUUAUGUGAUAAGCAUGUAAAUCAUGUACAUUAUCUAAUUCAAGAAAUUUCCAUUUCCCCCUUAAACUGUGCCUUUGUGAUUUCAUAGUGUGAUGUAUUAUAAAAUAGUAUAUUAUGGAGAAAUUUAGAGUAGACUCAAUAGGUUAUAUAUAAGAUAUUGUGUAUAAAUGUCUAUCAUAAAAUCGUUCAUUUCUUUAACCAAAGGAGUUUAUUUUGUCUAUUUACGUGUCAAAUUAUCAAAUUAGAUGUUAGACAUGAUUUAUUAUGAUUACAUCAGUACAUGAAUAUGUGUAAAGGGCUCGGCUGAACUAGUCACCAUGAAGUUGAGAAUAGAAUGUGAAAAAGCAGAGCUAUGUACUUCAGGAGACUCUUUUUUAAAGUUAACAUCAUUAUUAUUUUUUACUAACAAAAAAUGUAAACAUAAUUUAAUUGCUAUCUGUUGUUUUCAUUUUUUUAUACCAUGCACUGAUUAUUUUAAUCUUUUUUUACUCAUUAAUACUUCAAAUCAUGGGCUUUAAGGAAUUUAAAAAUUACGAAGUCAAUUUGGUCAUUGAUUUUGAAUGCUAGUUAUGAGUUCUGAACAUAGAAUACUAGUUGUGUGGUCUUAUCCUACUUCCAAAAAAUCUAGUGUGCAGUCUGUACCAUCCAAAGGUUUUUUUAAAUAAAUACAGAAUUAUAUAUAGAUACACAAUA